UAGCGUCUAUGACCGCAUGGGCAGCACCAUUAAGGCUAUCUCCAUUUUAAUGUUGUCAGUUUUAUUUGUCUUCAUUGGUUGAUUGCGCACAACUCAUAGGAAUCCCCACCCAGGUGACUACUUUAAAAUAGUGGAAGCCCUCAUUGGCAACGUCCAUACUAAAACGGGUAAUAUCCAUGAUGAGUCCUCUAUCUCUAUGAAAAGAGGCACAACUCUGAUAAAGUAUUUUUUCAAAGUUGCCAAAAUGCCACGUGCGUCCACUUAUAUCAGUGCAUUUGUAACAACCUAACCAUUACGAAACUUGUAUUCGAUCAAAUAAACCUCACGUAGCAAAUUAGCAAUAAAUGUUUUGGUGCCAAAUUCGACACUCACAGACCUCCAUACAAAGAUUCCUCACUUCGUGGUAUUAUUUUCGUGGGCGGAGUAAAACCUCUGCCUGUAAUUGCGGCUCUGCGUACGUUAAAACGGAUUAGGAGAGCGUCCUGACGACAUCGUCUACGUACCGCUCUCACCAAAGACCGACAGCUCAGCAAUAACAGCCCUCACCGUCGUUUCUUCAAGCUUCACCCAAUAUAGCGCUCAACUCAAUGGGAUCCUGCGCAAAACACAGAGGAGACGACAUCGUUCAUCAUCGCUCUAUUACCGAAUCUAAUAACUGCAACUGAGCGCUACUCCGCAUUCGGACUACAUAUUUACAGAAGCUGAACACAUUUCCUGAGCUUCCUUCUGUAGUAAGGGGAUGGGGGUAUGACCGACCCCCAACUCUGUUCUAUCAGUUGUAGGAGCGCUUUGCAGCAUGCUAUCGCCGAGAAGAAGGGUCGAUCACAGGCCCGCCGCUACGCUUCUAACCCAGGUUGCUGUCAUUGCAAUCUUCGUUUCUAUGAGUGCUUGCAUGCCAGGGUCUUCUUCAGUAUGCCCACGUAGCCUGGACUGUGCUCGAGCGAGGAGGCAUUUCUGCCAGCCGGGCAGCUCACACUGUGGCCCCUGCCUUACCCCGCUGGUAGAGAACUCACAUGGCAGAUGCAUAGUGAAGAGGAGGCCCAGUCACGCCCCUCAUUUUGGCAAAGUGACCACUUUCCCUGAAGUGGACGAGGAGAUAGACUUCCUGUCCACCAUCAUCAGCCAACAGGAGACUGAAUCAGGUUUCAAACAUCCAGCUUCUUCCUUUCAGGAUGUUCCUAAAGUCAAGGAAGAGGAGGAUGACAGAUCAAUGAUCCUCACCCAACGGCCUACCACAGAGCAGCCUACGACACACCGCGCCACUACAGCCCCUCCACCCACCUCUAUCACUACAGCCAACACCACCACCUCCAGCCACACCCCAGCAGUACGCUUCGGUCCCCAUAUCAUCCCUUACCCCUCCCACAGCCAAGUGUUUAUCAUCAUGACCAGUGUGUUUUUGGUUGUGGGAUCUGUUGCCUUGCUCUUGGCUGGUGUCUGUUGGAUCAGGUUGCAGAGAGGUGUGCGACUGGCUCAGAAGGUCGACUACCCAGCUUAUGGGGGGAUGGGGCCCCAUUCCUAUGACAACGAUUUGCUUGGGGAUAGGAGGCUGGCUCAGAGUGCCCAGAUGUACCACUACCAACACCAGAAACAGCAGAUGCUCUGCCUGGAGAAACACAGGGAUGAACCCAAGGUGCCUGACUCCGGGGCCACGUCAGAUGAGGAGAAUGAGGAUGGGGAUUUCACGGUGUACGAGUGCCCUGGACUGGCCCCGACGGGAGAGAUGGAGGUGAAGAAUCCUUUGUUUGAUGACUCCACCCUUUACCUUCAGAGGAGCCACAAGUAACCCUGACAACUCGGGACAUUCUGAUAUGCACCUAAAAAACAUAUCAUCCUACAUGUACAGGAAGAUCAAAUCAUACUCACUCCCUUGCACACCUACAAACACCCAUCAGGUUUCUCUGUCUGACCUUUUGACCUGUCCCACAUGAUACACUACAUACACUGCAGAGCUUGUGAGGAGGAGGAGGACUGUAUGAACAUUAUAUCUGAAUGACCGACUGACAUGAAUCUCCUCUUGAAACAGACUGAUAUCUGGGACCAAUGACGUCUCACACUCUCAGAAACCUACAUGAUCUUUAAGCUUUCCGUCUGGCCUAUCAUAACCAUGCCUUGUUUUGUUGUAUGUUAUCUCUUGUGGAUUUGAUUCUGUAAUAUCCUCUCUGUUUUUUCUGUCAAACAUGUGCACAACCAACUAAUUGACUGAGAGAUUAGCGUGUAUGAUGAUGGAUAAGAUUCUCCACGUUCUGCAAGAUUCUAUACCUGAACUUUUCCAACAACAAAUUGUCUUUUGUGUGUUCUAUUGCAAAAUGUUAUGCUACGGUGUGCACUAAUGAAUACUACCCUGCUUCAUACGACAGAUACUGACAGAAAGGCUCAGGAAGAGAGCAGAGAAGAACUACAGUGAAAAAAUAAAUAUGUUAUGAGUC